CGCGGGAGGGAGUCCUCUUGUUCCUUCUUCCCGGUCCGUAACAACAACGGGAGCAGCUUCAGAGAAAAUAACAAAAUGAUGGAGGAGGUGGAAGACGAUUUCGCCCCCCAGGAUCUGGCUCAAUGCAACACCUGCAAGAGAUCGUUCAACCGUAAAGUGCUGGAGAAACAUGCUAAAAUUUGCCAAAAGUCAGCGACCAAAAGGAGGAAGACCUUUGACUCCAGUAGACAGAGAGCGGAGGGCACAGACAUCUCUGUACUCAAACCUAUCAAACCAAAGUCACAAAGUACAUCUGCUACUGGGAAAGCAGAGCCCCCCAAGAAGCCGUCCAACUGGCGCAGGAAGCAUGAGGACUUCAUUAAUACUAUCCGGGCCGCGAAAAAUCUUACUCAGGUCAUAAAGGACGGGGGACCAUUACCCCCACCUCCUCCUCCUACAUAUGACCCAGACUAUGUUCAGUGCCCUCACUGUCAGCGGAGGUUUAACGAGAGUGCAGCCGACAGACACAUCACGUUCUGCCAGGAGAAGGCCGCCCGUAAUCCCAACAAGAGCAAACUAGCAGAGGUCAAGAAGACUCCUGGUCGUACACAGUGCAAGCCUCCAACUCCUGUAAAGAAGGCCAGCUCCACUGCUACAUCAACCAUCCCCUCAGCCUCUUCUCGUUUACCCCAGAGAUCAGGUCUUGGACAGCCCACUGGAAUCCCCGCUGGUAAGGUCUCCUCUGCAGGUUUAGUGAGGAUGAAUCCCUCUGGUAUCACAAGCCCUCCAUCAGGAGCGGGAAUGAAGACACGAACAGCAAGUUCUUCGUACGGCUCCGUGAGGAACGCUUACCCUGGAGUAGGACUCAACAAGAAGAAAGUAGACAACAAUAUAUCCAGGAAAGAUGCCGACGGCGGGAACGAAGUUGACAACAGCGAAAUGAAGAGCAAGUUCUGUCACUCUUGCGGGACCAGUUACCCCGUUGAAUCCGCCAAAUUCUGCUGCGAGUGUGGCAUCAGGAGGAUGUGUAUUUGAGCAGAGGGAAGAAAGGACACACACCAGUACUCAAGAUCGCUUCAGAGAGUUUCAUGAGUUGCACGUCCGUCCAUUAAUGUUCCCUGUGCUUUUACACUUGGGUUUCGAUCACAGCAGUAAAGUCACCGGCAGACGGCUCUGCAGCGCUGUGUUUUCUUUAUUUUUUCGUAAUUGCUGUGAUGAACAAAAUUCAGAUGAGGGGAUUGAAAUAAAGCUAUGAAGUUGAAGAAUUAGGGAUGGCACGUAUAACAUCACAUUACUCUUACAGUCCUGCUGAACAGUGCAAAUUCUGCCCUUUUUUCACAGAGAUACAUUUUCAUAACUAAUCUGAUAUGAAGCUGUUCAACUCAGUAGCUGAUAUUAGUGAAACAGGAACAACUCACAGAGCUCAUUACUCAUAAGGAGACAUUUUUCUUACUGCUGGAAUUACCCACGAUGACGCCGCUGUUCCCACCAGCUCAUAAACUUCAUUGCUGUGAAGAGGUGAUGGAAGGAUUAAUAAUGUGUAAUGACAAGGAGAAAAAAAAAUUCCCUCUCAAUAGUUUUGUUCAUGGGACGUAAUGUGGUCUGAUUUAUUUGAAACUCUUAAUUUUAUUGUCGCCUUGACAGUAAUUAGGAGUACCCUGCAGAGCUAAGUCAGUAUCAGCAGUUAAACCCAAUGCAUCCUUAGGAGAAAGUAGAGGAGAGAAGAGUGAGAGUGUAUAUACAAGCUGAGAGGUGGGUUGUAAAAUGUGAAGAAGAAGGUGGAGGACAAGUGCAGGACACAUUAUUAGAGGUAGAUGUGAUUGUAUCCCUGUAUCUGCAACCGUGAUUUGAAACAAAUCCCCCAUCUGCCUCCACUUCCUCACAAACACUAUGUUACUAUUGACGUGCAAUAUGAUUGACAACUGAAGAAAAUGUGUGUUUCUCUAAAGGAAAUGUUCUAGGAAAAGUAUGUAUAUUGCCGCGGUUUGUCUGGGACCAGUCCGAAAAAAUGAACUACAUGUUAAAACGUCAGCGCUCCCUUGACCAACAGGUUCUAGACCAAUAUAGCAUUUCCUCUGUCCCUUUUUAUCCCCUCUCGUUUUAUACAACGAAAUCAGCUAUUUAUUUUCACCAAAAUUGGCUGCAUGUUUUGUUGAUGUUCUGCAGAAUUAAAAUGUGGUUUUAUUUUAAUUUGUAUGAAAUCUAAAUGCACCUGGGUUUGUUGCAGUUUUUCUUUUCCUCAAAACUGUCUUUUGUCGGUCUUCAGUCGGAUUAAGAGUACAGUAACAUUAAAUGCUCUGUGUGGA